AUAUCCUGGACCCUUGAUGCUAGUUUCAAUCUUGGUUGGUGCUAUUCUGACAUUAGAAGAAUCACCUUACCUUUUAGGUGUUGGUUAAAAGAAAAUGGUUUUAUCCUCUAUGCAGUGCUCCAAUCUUGAUUUCAAGAAAAGGCAUCAUAGAAGAAGGGUUAUGCUGAAGCCUUUAGUAGAUUUGAUUAUGAAAAGGUCGAUGCUUGCGGGAAAGCAUGCUCUUCUGCAAGAGUUUCUUCCAGCUGGAAGGAAGACUUAUUGUGCAUUUCAAAUCUGCAAGUUUCUUUCUGCGAGGCUGAAACAGCACAUUCAAAUGGGAUUUUUCUUGAAACUGGAAGAGGAAGGGUUAUAAUCUGUAGAGAUAUUAUAAAGCUUGUAACUAAAUUGUGCUUCAAAUGCAAAUAACAAAAGUAAUACAUUUUAGUCCUCUACAUACCUUCUCAAGCAUGCUCUUCUGCAAGAGUUUCUAACUUGAAUUGGAAGUUUUUAUCAACUUGGCUGAGUCAAGCAAACGAAGCCCAAGUAUCAAAGGGGUACCUUUUGUUAUGAGAAGCUUGAGCCUCCUUCAAACGAAAAAAGUUUGAUUGCUGCAGCUUAGAAAGUUGCUAUCCCAGGCUCCCAACGUUUUGAGGUUUGAUCAGCAAGCCUUUGUCCCAAAUUUUCCUUUUGGAGAGAGCAACUCAAUUUAUUCCUACGCUCGCUUGUGACCUUAUCACCUCUGCUUUUAUGCUUUGAAAGAGACAAAGAUUAGUUGAUCUGCCAUUUCAUUUUUGUAUUCUGAGUUUGGCAGUUGCACAUAUUGUAUUUAAGUUCACAAGUUUCUACCUUGUUGAUCGAUUUGAGAUUCUCACUCAACAAUAAGGAAGCUAACAUUGAGCAAGAAAGCUCAUCGGUAUCC